UAGGGACUUCGGGUAAAAUAUUUUAAGUAAAAAUGAUUCAACUUUCUUUCCAGGAGACUUGUACAGCGGUCCUGCUGUUGCUUCUGAUCCUUCACGAUCACAUAGAUGGCUUCAAGUUCAUCCUGCUGCACACCAACGAUAUGCAUGCCAGAUACGAUUCCGUUUCCGCCAAGGGAGGUAAAUGCAAAGCCGAAGACGACCGCCAGGGUUACUGCUAUGGAGGAUUUGGACGAGUGGCCACGGCUUUGGAUAAAUAUAGACAAGAGGAAAGAGAUCCAGUGCUCUACCUAAAUGGUGGCGAUACUUUUCAUGGUACCCCCUGGUAUACCAUCUAUCAGGGUAAGAUGGUGGCCCAAAUGCUGAAUAUGCUGGCUCCUGAUGCCAUGUCCCUAGGAGUCCAUGAGUUUGACGACGGAACCGAGGUUCUAGCGGAAUUCAUAGAUCUAAUUAAGUUUCCCGUGGUCAGUUGUAAUUUAAAAUUGAUCAACGAGCCCAAGCUCGAGGAAAGCAAAAACCUAAAGAACUUUACAAUCAUCAAAAAGGGGGACCGCACCAUUGGCAUUGUGGGUUACAUCCAUGCGGAGACCAAGGAACGCACGCAGCCCAAUAAUAUUAUUUUCCAAAAUGAGAUUCCAGCCAUUAACAAGGCGGCCAGGAAGCUAACAGAGCUCGGCGUUAACAUUAUUAUUGCUUUGGGCCAUUCAGGCUAUAAGAAGGAUAUAGAAAUUGCCAAAAUGUGUCCAGAGGUGGAUGUCGUAGUCGGUGGUCAGUCGCACACCUUUCUGUUUACAGGCCGGGCUCCGGGCAAGGACAUACCCGAAGGUCCUUAUCCCACAAUAGUGGUCAAGCCGGAUGGCAGAAAGGUGCCAGUGGUGCAGGCCUAUGCCUAUACCAAGUAUCUGGGAAGGAUGUCGCUGGAAUUCGACAAAGCUGGCAACUUGCUGAACUUCAAGGGUGAACCCAUUCUGUUGGACAGCCGCUUUAAGCCCAAGAGGGAAAUCCAGGAUCUACUGGGCAAGCAUCGCCAGGUGAUCGAUGACAUGGAGCGGCAUGUGGUGGGCACCACCUCGGUGUACUUAAAUGGAGAUCGCAACAGAUGCGGCUACGGGGAGUGCAACUUUGGUAACAUCAUCGCGGAUAGCUUUGUCUAUGCUCGAGUGCAGGAAACUCUGCAGGAUAGUAGUAUGUGGACAGAUGCCCCUAUAGGUAUUAUCAAUGCAGGCGCCAUCAGGGCAUCCAUUGACCCUGGGAUCAUCACGGAGGCGGAUGUGAUUACUGUAAUGCCCUUUAGCAACGGCUUAUUCCACACGCGUAUCAAUGGCCUCCAGCUGAUGAAGGCCCUGGAGCAUUCCGCCCAGUUGCGGAGCAAGAACCAGAACAGUGGCUUCCUCCAGGUGUCGGGGCUGAGGGUUAAGUUCAACUACACCCGACCCAUGGGUCAGCGCAUCACCGAGAUCAAGGCCCUGUGCUCCGACUGCCAGAUUCCGAAAUAUGAGAGUGUCAAAACGGAUCAGUACUAUGGAGUGGUGCUUCCAUCAUUUCUUUUGAAUGGCGGCGAGGGCUAUAAUUUUGUUGACAAACAAAAUCCUCAGGUUUAUAACAUGUCCUUGCUGGAGCGGACUGCUUUUAUUCGUUACCUGCAGGAGCACAAGAUUGUCUAUCCAGAGCGGCAGGAGCGUAUGACUGAGCAGGAGAGGUACUUGAGCUCCAAAGCCUCCAGUUUCCUAACACAGCUGCUGCUGGAACUCUUUGCUUUCCUCUGCUUUCUGUACUGUUUUUAUCUUUGGUAAAUGUUGAGUCUGAUAAAUGAUUGUUGAGGG